GAACAAUUUUGUAUCAGUCCGAAACCAGCCGCUGGCAGACCGAGUCGCGUGGCGUUCGGUUCAUACAAAACGGAAAAUAAUUUUUAAAAAAUAACACACAAAAACACAGUAUCUUUCAAGUAUCAAACACACAAAGGAGAAGGAACGUAAAUAAAAUGUGCUAGACAGUUUACAUCACAGUGCGCGUUGAAAGAAAUAAAUCAUAAUUAACAAUUUUCUCGGCUGAAGGAAGGAUUGGAGGUGUGGAUUUGCGAUGGCAACCCAUAGGGAGGUCGGCGUCGGGGAUUUCGUCCUUCUGGACAAAAUCGACCUGGACCAUUUCAUGAAGAAUCUGGAGAUGAGAUUUCGAAAUGGAUACAUUUACACGUACAUCGGAGAGGUGUGCGUCUCCGUGAAUCCUUACAGGAUGAUGAAUAUUUAUGAUAAGGAUCACGUACACCAAUACAAAGAUCGGGAAUUAUUCGAGAAUCCUCCGCAUAUAUUCGCCAUUGCGGAUGCCUCUCACAAGGUGAUGAGGCAACAACGUCGGGACACCUGCAUAGUCAUCUCCGGCGAAUCCGGCUCAGGGAAGACGGAAGCGUCGAAGAUCAUCAUGAAGUACAUUGCGGAGGUGACGAACCAGGGUGGUCGCUCGGAAAUCGAACGUGUGAAGAACGUCUUGAUCCAAUCGAACGACGUCCUGGAAGCCUUCGGCAACGCCAAGACCAAUAGAAACGACAACUCCUCUAGGUUUGGCAAGUACAUGGACAUCCACUUCGACUUCAAGGGAGACCCAAUCGGUGGACACAUCAACAAGUACUUAUUGGAAAAGUCGCGCGUUAUUUACCAACAAGAGGGCGAGAGGAACUUCCACUGUUUCUAUCAGUUAUUGAUGGGAUCACCAGAUGAACUAUUAAAACGUUUGAGCUUAACGCGAAGCCCAGACAAUUACUUCUUCGUGAAACAGGGACGCUCUGCCAAUGUGGAUUCGGUGAAUGAUCGCAUGGAUUUCAAAAAGGUGGAGAACUCGUUGAAGAGUUUGCAGUUCUCCAAAGAGGAGAUCGACUCGCUAUGGCGAGUUGUGGGCGCGAUCAUGCAUUUGGGAAACGUGGAGUUUUCCACGGAUGAGGAUAAGGUCGUGAUUCCCGAUUCGAGACUCAUGAAUACCAUUGCCAAUCUGCUGAAGGUAACGCGCGAGGAAUUGACGGAAGCGCUUUGCGAGAGGGUGAUUGCGGCGCAUGGAGAUGUCAUGAGGAAGGAGCACACGAAAACGGAAGCUUUGUACGGACGGGAUGCUUUAGCUAAGGCCAUUUACGAUAGGCUCUUCACGUGGAUUGUUGACAGAAUUAAUUCGGCGAUUGCCGUCACCGAUACUGGUUACAACAAGAAGUACGACAGCUCAUUGAUCGGUGUACUGGAUAUUUACGGAUUCGAGAUUUUCGAUAACAAUAGUUUUGAACAGUUCUGCAUCAACUAUUGCAACGAGAAACUGCAGCAACUCUUCAUCGAACUAGUACUUAAGCAGGAACAGGAAGAGUAUACUAGAGAGGGUAUAGAAUGGCAAAAUAUUGAGUUCUUCAAUAACAAGAUUAUUUGUGAUUUGGUUGAGGCACCUCACAAAGGCAUAAUUGCUAUUUUGGACGAGGCAUGUCUGAACGUUGGAAAAGUUACCGACGAAAUGCUUUUAGAAGCAAUGGACGAGAAGCUGAAGGGUCACAAGCAUUACACGUCUAGGCAAUUGAAGUCAACGGAUAAAGACCUGCGACAUAAAGUUGAUUUCAAGAUUACCCAUUACGCCGGGAACGUGGUUUAUUACAUAAACGGGUUCAUGGAUAAAAACAAGGAUUCGCUGUUCCAAGAUUUCAAAAGGCUUUUAUAUAAAUCCAGCGAUGCGAACAUCAGCAAGAUGUGGCCAGAAGGGGCUCAGCACAUUACGGAGGUAACCAAAAGGCCGUUGACCGCAGGUACCCUGUUCAAAAAUUCCAUGUCUGAACUGGUGAAGAAUCUGCAGAACAAGGAACCGCAUUACGUGAGGUGCAUCAAACCGAACGAAAUCAAAUCGCCUAGCAAUUUUGAUUUCGAACGCGUCAAGCAUCAGGUUAGCUAUUUGGGUUUAGUGGAAAACGUAAGAGUGAGGAGGGCCGGUUUCGCAUACCGUCAGAGGUACGACCGUUUCCUGAAGAGGUACAAAAUGAUCUCGCCGAGCACCUGGCCAAGCUUCCGCAACGGCUCCGAUCGCGAUGGCACGAAGCAGAUCAUGGACGAGUACCGAUUUGCUGACGACGUGAAGUACGGCCACAAGAAAAUCUUCAUUCGAUCUCCGAAAACGUUAUUCGCAUUGGAGAACAAGCGCAAUGAAAGAAUGUUCUACGUGGUGACUGUGAUUCAGAAGUCUUGGAGGGGCUAUAAGGCGCGCCAAGAAUAUAAGAGGAUGAAAGCCGCUUUCGCGAUUAUGAACUAUUAUAGAUGCUACAAGAUGAGAAGCUACAUCGACAAGCUGGAGACGAAGUUCCGUUCGGCGAAGCAGAUGAAGGAUUACGGAAAGAGUAUCAAGUGGCCUGCACCCCCUCUGCCCCUUCGUAAAACCGUUCACACUCUCCGCAAGAUGUUCAACUACUGGCGAGCCUACAUGAUCCUCAGGAAGAUUCCAAAGAAAGAGUGGCCUCAGCUCAAGCUGAAGAUUACCGCGGCGUCGAUACUUAACAAGAAGAGGGUGAGCUUCGGACUGGAGCGCAAAUGGGAGGGCAACUAUCUGUCGCAACCCUCAGAAAAUACAAGCUAUUCAAUUUACAACGAGAGCGUGAAUAACCUGAGGAACACGCAGCACUUUAAGGAGGUUCUCUUCUCCUCGUUCGUUACCAAAUUUAACAAGUUCAACAAAUGCGCCGAGCGAGUGUUACUCGUUACCGAUAAGUGCAUCUUCAAACUUGACAAAGAUAGGUUCAAGAACAUGAAAGAGGGCGUCGAGCUUAGCGCAGUGACGGGAAUCAGCGUUAGCGCUGGACCGGAUCAGCUUGUUGUUAUCCAUUGCGCUGGCGGAAAUGAUUUGGUCGUUUCUUUACAUAGCACGAGAGGCGAGGACAAGAUCGGCGAACUUAUUGCACUUCUUUUCAACAAGUACGCAGAUAUAAAGGGCGAACUUCAAGUGAACAUAAGCAAAGUAUUAAUGUGUUCGUUGGGCGGCAAACGGAGACAGAUCAGUAUUCAAGUGAGUUCCGAGAUCAAAUCUGCGACCUUCCGGAAGGACGGUGCCAACAUCAUAUACAACCUACCACCGGACCACGCGAUCCUCGAGAACGGCAACAGCCACAUCAAAGACUACUAAAUAAAUAGAACCUUUACCCAAAAAAAA